AUGACGGCUACCUUGGGAAAGAGAAAGCGAUCUGCUGCAGUGGUGUCUAAAUCUGAGGAGGAUCAACGGUCAAGCAGUCCAGGUUCAGACUCCUCGUUGCUAGAUGCGCAGGAGAUCUUUCGGCGGCAUUUCGAAUCACAGUUCAAGCCUUUGCCUGUUGUCCAAAAAGCUCCAGCGGCGAUUGAAGAUGGACCAGAUAACCUUUCAGAUGCGAAUUCGGAAUCAGAAUGGGAUGGGAUUUCCGAAGCAGGGGAAGGGGCUGUUGAGGUGAUCGAGCAUUCAGAUGCACAAUCGCACAUGGCGGCAAUGCCCAAGGAGGAGCUUAAGGCCUUCAUGAGCUCGAAACCCCCCAAAAGUACCCCUACACCGUCUCUAAUUCGCGACAAAGCUGGAAUCUCCAUUGCGGAUGAUGACGAUUCCGAAACAGCCAACCUGAAGAAAGAUCUUGCACUCCAGCGACUCCUUGCGGAAUCGCACCUCCUCGAAUCAGCUAGUAAUCCCACCCUGACAGGCAAGAAUCGGCAUAAAGCUACAGACCUGCGAAUGCAAGCUCUUGGGUCCAAGACAUCAAUAUUCAAGCAAGAGAAGAUGCCAAUGUCGCAUAGGAAGGGCAUUAUUUCCAAGCAAAGUGAAAGAGAGGAGACACGACGGCGAGAAGCAAGAGAAAACGGCAUUAUUUUGGAGAGGGCGAAAAUGAAGCCAAAAAAGAAUAGUAUCGGGCAGAGAGACAGGGGUGUCGGUGCUCCAUCUGUAGGAAAAUUCACCGGGGGAACGUUAACGCUGAGCAAGAAGGAUAUUUCCGAUAUUGAAGGCCCCCAAAGAGGUGUAAAUAGCAGGGGCGGUGGGAGAGUGAGAGGUAGAGGGAGAGGGAAAAGACCAUGA